AUGAAAGCAGGGUUCAGUCUUGCCCUUCUGGGCAGUGUGUUGGCUGGAGGUGCCCACGCAAUGCUGGAGAAAUGGAUGGGAGGCGGCGAUUGUCCAUGGCCCGGCCCGACUGUCACUGGAUCUCAUCCCCAGAAAGAUAUGCCAGAUACAGCAGGCGUCACAAGGUACUAUAAUUUCACCCUUUCUCGGGCGACUCUGGCCCCCGAUGGAGUACAAGUGCCUGUAAUCGUGGUCAAUGGGCAGUAUCCCGGACCUCUGAUCGAGGCAAAUUGGGGGGAUUGGAUCGAAGUCAACGUCCAGAACGAGAUCUGGGGACCUGAGGACUUGACCACCGUUCACUGGCACGGUCUGAAUCAAGCCGGCACACCCUACUUCGACGGCGUCAGCACUGUAUCGCAUUGCCCGAUUGUGCCCGGUUCCAACUUGACCUACCGAUUCCGUGCAGACGAGUAUGGCACCUCGUGGUAUCACAGCCACUAUUCGGCCCAGUACUCAGCAGGAGCACAUGGGCCGAUAGUGAUCCAUGGACCCAACGAAGUCGAUUACGACGUCGACUUGGGACCGAUCAUUGUUUCCGACUGGUUCCACGACACGUACGAACAUCUUGUCGAACUGGUCUUGUCGCCGACCAGCACGGGACUGCCCUUCCGGCCCUUUUCCGACUCGAAUCUUGUCGGCGGCGCCGGUCAAUAUCCUUGCGCCAACAUCACCAACGGGACACCCUGCAGCGUUGUGCCCUUCGCAUCGUACGAGUUUCAGCCAGGCAAGACUCACCGUCUGCGAUUCGUCAACACGGGCACCUCGGCUUUCGAGACCAUCUCCAUCGACGGCCAUACCAUGACUGUCAUUGCCAACGACUUUGUCCCCGUUCAACCAUACGACACAGAGUUUGUCACCAUUGGCGUGGGCCAGCGUGUGGAUGUUCUUGUCACAGCGAGUGCUGCCUCGGGCUCUUACUGGCUUCGUGCCCACAAUUCCCCCGGAUGCGGUGACACCAAUGGACCAGACGGCCGUGCCGUCAUCUACUAUUCCGGCGUCGAUUCCAGUAUCGUGCCCACCAGCACAGGCACCGCACCUCCAGCGAACCCGGUAUGCGCGAACGCCGCCCUUUCCGGCACUGUGCCAGCGUACGCCAUCCCGGCCGCCGAGGCCGACACCACCAUCACGCUGACCAUCGCCGGCGCGACUAACGGUACAGGGGUGUUCCACUGGACGAUGAAUGGGGUAUCGUACUCUGGCGAUCUAGACACACCUCUCCUUUUCUCCGGUAUACAGACUCAGGACCAAGCAAGCUCACUCCCUGCCGAACGCCAGAUCUACAACACCGGCACCAACGGCACUGUCCGCAUCGUUGUCAUCAACACCACCCCGGCGCCUCACCCCAUGCACCUCCACGGUCACGACUUCCAGGUUCUGGCCGAGGGCGCCGGCACCUGGGACGGCACCAUUACCAACCCGUCGAACCCGCAGCGGCGCGACGUGCAUAUACUGUGGGCCGGCGCGACCGCCACCAACCCGACAUAUAUCGUGUUGCAGUACGCGCAGGAUAACCCGGGGGUUUGGCCACUCCACUGCCACAUCGCGUGGCACCUGAGCGCGGGCAUGGGCAUCAUGCUGCUGGAAAGGCCGGACGAGCUGGCUCAAGUGCAGAUCCCCACCGACGUCGCCGAUACCUGCGUCCUGUUCCAGCAGUGGCAGACGACAAACCCGACCACGGAGGUCGAUGACGGCCUCAAGAAACGCCAGGUCGAAGUCGCCGCCCACCGCAUGAUCGAGCACAUGAAGCACAGGCCUGGGUCUGGGUCUGGGUCUGGGUCUGGGACUGAUCGGGAACAUGCCCGCCAUCUCGACAGCCACAUGAAGCGUAGUGUACAUGGUUGGGGCAAGGCCAUGCGACGCGGCCGAGAGGGUGAGGCUAUAGCCAGUAUGGAUAUAUCUAGGCCCAGGUCGACCACCUUGGCCGCGGGCAGUUUCCCAGGGGAGGUGGGACAUGGUCCUGAGGGGGAGGGAUGA